AUGGACACAAACAAUGGAAGUUCCACAACAGAUUUCAUCCUGCUGGGCUUUUCUGACCGGCCCCAAUUAGAACCCAUCAUCUCUGGGGUGGUCUUCAUCUUCUAUAUUGUGACUCUGGUAGGAAACACAACCAUCAUUCUGGUAUCUUACCUAGACACCCAGCUCCAUACGCCCAUGUAUUUCUUCUUGUCCAAUUUGUCCUUUUUGGAUCUCUGCUAUACGACUAGCAUUAUUCCCCAGAUGCUGGUAAAUCUAUGGGGUCCGACAAGGUCUAUUACGUAUGGAGGGUGUGUGCUCCAAUUCUUCUUUGCCCUUGACCUGGGAUCCACUGAAUGUCUUCUCUUGGCUGUGAUGGCCUAUGACCGCUAUGCUGCUGUCUGUCAACCUCUUCACUACAUGGUCAUAAUGAACCCUCAACUUUGCCAGAAGAUGGUGCUCACUGCCUGGUUAGGUGGUCUUGGAAGUGCCUUAAUUGUUUGCUCCUUGACUUUGAAUUUGCCAAGAUGUGGGCAGGUAGACAAUUUUUUGUGUGAGAUGCCAGCAUUGAUCAAGAUGGCUUGUGUCUAUUCAAAAGUAAUUGAGAUCACUGUCUUUGCUCUUGGAGUGGUAUUUCUUCUAGCACCUAUAUCACUAAUUCUCAUCUCAUAUGGAGUUAUCACUCAAGCUGUCAUGAGGAUCAAAUCAGAGGCAAGAUGGCGUAAGGUCCUUAAUACAUGUGGUUCCCACCUCACAGUAGUAACUCUGUUUUAUGGAACAAUCAUUUACAUGUAUAUGAGGCCACAGAAUAGCACAUCCCAAGAUGAGGGGAAGUUCCUUACUCUCUUUUAUGCAAUCAUCACACCCAGCCUUAACCCUCUGAUCUAUACUUUAAGAAACAAAGAUGUAAAGAGCGCAGUAAAGAGAAUCCUACAUGUAGAAAAAUGGUCAGCCAAGUCGCUUGAGCUUCUGUCGAUCGGAAACCUGCGCGCAGCUGGGCUGCUGGUGAGGGUCUCCGCGCGGGGCCGGCGGCUGGAGGACGCGGUUCUGACCUCACUGCUCCGGCCGUUGACGGGGCUCCCGGGGGAGGGAGAGGACGAGAGACAACGCUGGAACACGGUCUCUUCCGCGACAGCGCUCGAGGUAGCACGACCUCGCUUCCGCCACGCUCGGCCGCUCGCGCUCGGCAGCCGCCGCAGCGCGCGGGGCAGCUACGCGCGGGCGACUCCUGGACGGCGGGGCUCGCUGCCGCCGCCCCCACCGACGGCCCCGCCCGGCGCCACGACUGUCCCCUCCGAGUACCGGCAACCAAACCGAAAAGGAAGCAUCCAUGGUCUUUUCUGUCUGUACGACUCGUCAGGCCGGCCUCCUGCUCCCGCAUCACUGCGCGGCCGGUCCGCUCCGGGCGCGCAACACGCCCGCAGUAGCGGGGUCGUCACCGAACAGGUUAGGGAAACGGCAGGGGGCCGCCGGCAAGCGCCCACAACGCACUGCGGGACACGACGCCGGGACCGCGACUCCGGGCUUGCCUCAGAGGCUCCCGCCGGAAACGCGGGGCCGCGGGCGGCCGGCGGGCGCCGCAGCGUCUGGCUCAGCGCCGAGCCCGAGCGGAGGGCCCCUGCGGGCUCUGGGCCGACUCUCCACUUCCAAACACCCCCCCACCCCCGCGAGCCGCAGCGGGAACGCGAGCCCGCGCUACGACGGGUCGCGGCGCUGACGCACGCACGCUGCGACCCCGCGCCCCUCGCGCCCUCAGACACUCGCGCGAACUCCCGGGAUGUGCGCCCAAGAGAGCCCGGAGGAAUUUCCGGGGAGGCCCGGACCAGCGAGGGGCCGCGUUUCCUAGAAAGCCACCGGAAGUGGGUGGUGGAGGACUGGGAAGCGGCGCAGGCGCAGAGGUUCCUGGUUGCUGGUUGCUUGCGGGAGGACGGGCGGGAAGGCCUGCACCUGCAGCAGGUGAUGGUGUCACUUGAGAGUCCGGGCCCUCCACGCCAGCUGCCUGGGACCCCUGAUGCUGAGCUCCUGCAGGAAAGAGCCCCGCCGGCGCCGCAGCACCGCGCGUCCGCCGCGGAGGGAGGCCGGGCAGCCCCGCCAGGAGCGAAGAGCGCGGGGGACCGCGGGCGCGCGCGGCCUCGGGACUCGAUGACGUUUGAGGACGUGGCCGUGCGCUUCAGCGGCGGAGAGUGGCGGCGUCUGACCCGCGCCCAGCGGCGCCUCUACGCGGCCGUCAUGCUGGACAACUACGGGCUCGUGGUCUCGCUCGGCUUCGCCGGCCCCAAGCCGCCUCUCAUCUCGUGUCUGGAGCGGGGCGCCGAGCCCCGCGUUCGCGAUCUGCAGGACUGGGGGCUCCUGAGCUGCUCCUUCCCAGUGUCAGCGGACCGGACCCGGCCCGGGACUGAGAGGGCAAGUUCAGAGCAGGAGGUGUCUGAGGGUGGGGAAGUCGGCGGCGUCCUGUCCGGGCACCCUGAGGCUGGAGGAGCUUGUGUCCAGGAUGUCAAGUCGGAGAACGCACGGGACCCGGCCGGGGUGGAGACGCUGGGAGAGGAGAAGGGGACCCUCGAGGAAGGAAGGGCCCGGGCGGUGCUCGCCAACAACUUGAGCGCAGACUCCAAGUGCACCCCACGCACCCGAGCCCUGAUCGCACGGAGCCCCCGCCCAGGUGCCGCGCGCGGCCAUACCUUCCCGCUUCUCCACGGGCGCAUCCAUGCUGGCGAGAAACCCCACGCGUGUCACGAGUGCGGGAAAGCGUUCAAGACCAGAAAGCAGCUGCGUGUGCACCGCGUCACGCACACGGGGGAGAAGCCCUUCCGCUGCGCGCAGUGCGGGAAGGCCUUCAGCAGCCCGUCGGCGCUCUGCCGGCACCGCAAGGCGCACGGCGGGGAGAGGCCGCACGGCUGCGGCGCGUGCGGAAAGGCCUUCGGCAGCGCGAGCCGGCUGCGGCGGCACCAGCGGGUCCACAGCGGCGAGCGGCCGCACGAGUGCGCGGUGUGCGGCAAGGCCUUCCGCUUCCGGCACUGCCUCACCCUGCACGGCCGGACGCACACCGGGGAGCGGCCGUACGCGUGCGGGCAGUGCGGCAGGGCCUUCCGCGGCAGCUCGGACCUCGCCAAGCACGGCCGGAUCCACAGCGGCGAGCGGCCCUACCCGUGCCGCGCGUGCGGGAGGGCCUUCCGCCGGAGCUCCGACCUGCGCAAGCACGCGCGGACGCACGCGCGGGAGCCGGCCGCGGGCUGCCCCCAGUGCUGCGGCCGCGCUGGGCCGCGCCGCCCCCCGACGGCCCACGCCCCCGAGAAGCCCUACCCGUGUGGGCGGUGCGGCCGCGCCUGCCGCCCCCGGGGCCGGCGCGGGGCUCCAGAGCGCGCGCGCCGGGGCGAGAAGCCGCACCCGUGCGCGCACUGCGGCAAGGCCUUCCACGAUCGGCACGGCCUGGCCGUGCACCAGCGGCUGCACACCGGCGAGAAGCCGUUCGCCUGCCCCGAGUGCGGGAGGGCCUUCCGCGGGAAGUCCAACCUGACCAACCACCGGCGGAUCCACACCGGCGAGAAGCCGUACGCGUGCGAGGCGUGCGGGAAGGCCUUCCACCACCGCUCGGGCCUGACGCAGCACCGCCGGAUCCACAGCGGAGAAAAGCCCUACCCCUGCCGCGAGUGCGGCGCCGCCUUCCGCCAGCGCGCCGCCCUGGUCGGGCACCAGCGGGUGCACACGGGGGAGAAGCCCUACGCGUGCGAGCAGUGCGGGAAAGCCUUCAGGGUGAGCGCGAACCUCACGGGACACAAGAAGAGGCGACAUCGAGGAUGGCGAGGCCACGAGCCUGGGGAGGGUGAGAAGGGCCCUUCCCCGGGACCUGUCCCACCUCCUCCGUAGGCGGGGUUUGACCCGCAGCCCUGUGGGUGCUCUCUGUAUUGGUGCUUUCCGUUCUCUUUCCGCCCGGAGCCUGGUUCUUCCCGGCUUGCUGCCCCCGACUGAGCUCCCCGGAGCCUGACCGCCCUGGGCAGUGUUGGGGCGAGCACCUGCACUGCCAAUCGGGAAUGCCAGUCAGUAAUGAUAGCAGGUGUCGCCUACCUCGGAGCACGCCAGCCACUCUUCUAAGGGCUGUGCAGUGCCAACUCGUUGACUGCAUAAAACAUCUCUACAGGAUGGGGAAAUUAGGGCAUAAAAAGAUGAAACCUGCUCAGGAUCACUUAGCUACUAAGUUCUGCAUACCCACCCACCCCCGCCUUGCCAGGCUCCGGUCUGCACCCCUCCAAGACGCCUGCAACACAUCUCUUAGAUGUAUGGUUAACAGCUCAGCACGGAGCACGUUUUAGUUCAUAAAAUAUUGAUCAAUUUUAGCAAGGUUUUGGUUUUGUUUUAACUUAAAGACUGAAUGGUACUUUUCCAUGUGGGCUCAGAAUUGCUGAGACCGGGAUGGGAAAGGAAGACAGGACAGGGCAGAUUUAGAAAUCAUAGAUAAGUGGGAUCUAGCUAUGCGCUGCUCCAGUAACAAUUUACAUAUGGAAAGACCAUGAAGCCCAUCUCACUUUGUUAUAAAUACGUCAAAAUAUCACUGUGUUGAUUUCUUAAAA